GGGUAAUACACCAAUUAUGAAAUUCAAACAAGUAAAAUAAUCUAGCCGUUAUUAUUUUAUUUUACUUUUUUUAAAAAAAUCUUUAUUAGUUUAGAGUAACACUACUAUAUAUAACACCAUUAAUUAAAACACAAUUAGUAAAGUCUUUCAAAAAAAAAAACAAUUAGUAUAUAUAUACUUUUUUUAAAUUUCAAAAUACAAACUAUAUACAUUAUGUCUGGAAGUUCUAAUAUAUCAAACAACAUAGAUUGGAAAAAAUUUUGGUCUGAGGAAAUUUUCAAUGAGUCAUAUGAAGAAAUGGGACGCUACCUAAUAGAGCAAUACCAAAAUCCCCCUAGAGAGUAUGUACCUCGUGAUCGUGAAGGUGGUGCAAAAAAUUUAUAUCAAGAUUACUUCUCUACUAAUCCUAUAUACCCGGAGCAAUUAUUCCAUAGAAGAUUUCGAAUGAGAAGAGAAUUGUUUAACCGUACUGUGGAAGCCCUUGGAAAUCAUUCGAAAUAUUUUACACAGAGAUUUGAUGCUACAAAAAGAAUGGGAUUGUCUCCCCUUCAGAAAUGCACCGCUGCUAUUCGCAUUUUAGCAUAUGGCACCCCUGCUGAUGCUGUUGAUGAAUACAUUAAAAUUGGUGAAAGUACUGCAAUAGAUUGUUUAUUCAAAUUUUGUCGUGCUGUAAUUGAGGUAUUUGGAGAUGUUUACAUGAGAAGACCUACAAAUGAAGAUGUGCAACGGUUGCUUAGAAUGCAUGAGGAGUGUCAUGGUUUUCCUAGAAUGCUUGGUAGUCUUGAUUGCAUGCAUUGGGCAUGGAAAAAUUGUCCAACCGCAUGGAAAGGACAAUAUACUCGAGGUGAUUAUGGGUAUCCAACAAUUAUGCUUGAAGCAGUUGCCUCAGUGGAUCUUUGGAUAUGGCAUGCAUAUUUUGGUGUUGCGGGGUCAAAUAAUGAUCUUAAUGUUUUGAGUAGAUCAAAUUUAUUCCAAGAGAUGUUGCAAGGACGAGCUCCAGAGGUUCAAUUUACAAUUAACGAAACAGAGUACAACAUGGGGUAUUAUCUUACAGAUGGUAUAUAUCCCGAGUGGGCGGCAUUUGUCAAGACAUUCUCACAUCCCAAAGACCCUAAGAGGCUACUAUUUAAGCAAAAGCAUGAGAGUGCAAGGAAAGAUGUAGAACGAGCUUUUGGAGUACUUCAAUCUCGUUUUGCAAUAGUUCGUGGACCUGCACGAUGUUGGCAUAAGCGCAAGCUCCAUGAUAUAAUGGACGCGUGUGUUAUUUUGCAUAAUAUGAUUGUUGAAGAUGAAAGACACACAUACGCUAGAAAUUUUCCUCGAGACGAUUUUACACAAAUAAGUGUCGGUGAUGUUGUUCAAGGAAACCCUCUAGAUUUUCAAGCAUUUCUUGAAAGAGAUGCAACCAUUAGAGAUAGACAAAUGCAUCAUCAACUUAAGGCUGAUCUAGUGGAACAUAUAUGGAGUUGUUUUGGAGGCCAAACUCUUAAUUGA